GCGUAGCAUGCUGUCGAAUAUGACGAAGUCGAAUUCUGCAACAACAUGCCUGCUGGUUCGGAUGUAUUCGACCCAACCCCAGUCUAGUAAGACGGAGAACACCAACGUUGGGCACGCACGGUUUCUGGCAGAGGCGGAGAAGGACGACCUUUGGAAGAAAGGUGUGGGCAAUGCGCAAAAGGGUGGCAUUGAGGGGACUGGAGACGAGUUGGAUGGUAUAUCUCCUGGCAAAGGAGGAAGGUUCCGCAUUUUGUUUCUCAAUGACUAUGCGAAAAGAGCUCGACCGUGCAGCGGACUGCUCGGAGGCUUUAGUAUGGGCAACAGGAGACAACAGGGAUACAUCACCUUAGUAAAGUCGCCUACGUCUGUACUAUCAGCCCAUUGGACCUCAUUUCCGUUGUUUGUAUGCGAUUGCUCUAUGGUCUUGUUGGCAGGAGGAGAGUCUGGUUGGCUAGCAGGUCUGACCA